AUGGCGGCUCAGGUGCCCCCGCCGCGGCCCGUCACCCACCUGCUCUUUGACAUGGACGGUCUCCUUCUGGACACCGAGCGCCUCUACUCGGUGGUGUUCCAGGAAAUAUGCAGCCGCUACGGGCAGACGUACUCGUGGGAGGUGAAGUCUCUGGUGAUGGGGAAGAAGGCGUCCGAGGCCGCCGCCAUCAUCAUCCGUGUCCUGCAGCUGCCCAUGUCCACGGAGGAGCUGCUGGAGGAGAGCCAGAGCCGGCUGAAGCAGGUGUUCCCCACCGCCGAGCUGCUGCCAGGUGUGGAGAAGCUGAUCCGCCACCUGCAGAAGCACAACAUCCCAUGUGCCGUGGCCACCAGCUCUGGGACGGCGUCCUUUGAGGACAAGACACGGCGGCACCGGGACUUCUUUGGCCUCUUCCACCACGUGGUGCUGGGCGAUGACCCCGAGGUGAAGAGUGGCAAACCCAGCCCUGACAUCUUCCUGGCCUGUGCCCGACGGUUCUCUCCGCCACCCCCCGCGGACCAGUGCCUCGUGUUCGAAGAUGCGCCCAAUGGGGUCGAGGCGGCCCUGGCAGCUGGGAUGCAGGUGGUCAUGGUCCCAGAUGUCAACCUGAGCCCUGCCCAGACCGCGAAGGCCACCCUGGUGCUGAGCUCACUGCAGGACUUCCGGCCAGAGCUCUUUGGCCUGCCGCCCUACGAGUGA